AUGAGGUCAUUCUUCAAGAGGCCUUCAUGGGCAAGCAAAGGAGACGAGCCAGUGAAGUCUGACUUCUACCGUCGUGCUGGACAAAUCUACGGCGAUAUCAUCACAACGAACAGGGAGGCUCGGGAGAGAUCUGUCUGCAGCAACAAGCCCGUAGCUGAAGAUGGCAGGGCAAGAAAACGCCGUCAUGUGCUGGAUGAUGGGAGCUUGGAGGAAAGCACGCCAUUAGGCCUUGACGGUGGUUUCAAGCACAAUAUUUUAUCGAAGAGUCAACAAGAGUGUGCACCUUCGAAGUUGACACCUCCCUGCGACACUCUGGCGGAGGAAAGCAUGGACAGCGGACUACAGAGACCGGCAACGACAUAUUCGGGUGGUCUAGACAUAAGCGGAAAUGUGCAUCAGAAUCGUGACUCCGAAUUUACCUUACUCGCACCAGCCCAGCGCUGCAAAAUGAAUUUUAAUGACACUUCUCAGUCUGAAAUGGAAAGAGAGAGCAAGAGCAUGAGUGCUAACGAGCGUCCGGAUCAUCCGAGGGAAGCACGAUGCCAGAAGAAGGCCCCAAGCGCUGGCAUUUCUCAAUAUUCUGGCCCCAGAAGUGAAGAUGUUACUGUGCAAAUCCUGAUUACCUCACCGAUCGAUGGUACAAAGCCGCUCAUAAUUCAUAGAAAAAUGUCACAAUCCUUGAGGGACGUUCGUCUAGCUUGGUGCAAUCGUCAAAAUCUAUCAACAACACUGCAGGCGUCUAUAUACCUGACUUGGAAGGGCAGGAGAUUAUUUGACGUCACAACGUGCAGAAGUCUCGGACUUGAUAUUAGCGAAACCUCAAAUGGCGAUGAGGAUAUUGACAAGUAUCCACAAGUGGAUGGGAAACCCUUGCGUAUCCAUAUGGAGGCUGUAACAGACAAGCUUGUUGGCCCGGAUACUCAACGACUUUCGCCUGUACUUGGUUCGCAAUCGAAACUGAACGAGGGGUCGGAUCAGAAACCUUUGGUCAGGCUUGUAUUGAAGUGCCCAGGGUUUGAUAAGUUCGAAACAAGUGUUGCUUCGAAUGGGCCUAUUUCUCAGGCUAUUACUGCAUUCCGGCUCGCAGAGCGCAUACCUUCAGAGCGAAAGAUUCAUCUGGUGUUUGAUGGUGAUCGCCUGAACCCUAAUGCAUCUUUUACGGACUAUGACAUAACAGAUGAUGAUUUGGUAGAUGUUUUAAUCAAGUGA